CCGGGAUACUCUAGAUCUUAAGCAAGAAGUAAUUUUCCGGUUUUUUUUUUAAUACGGAUACUUACGGAGCUGAGUUACAUACCACGUGCUUUUGUAUUACUUCAAGGAUUUAUACAGUAACCUGAUCGCUCUUCUUUCAUCUAUUUGCCCCUCCUUCUUAUUGUCUCGCUUCAGAGGAAACAACCGCAUUUUCCUUCAUCACGAAAAAUGCCCUGGUUAGGUGCUAGGGAUGGCCUUAAGGACUUGACAGUUCAAGCAACAAAUCGGCUCUUGGCCUAUAGCAACGAGACGAAAGAUAGCCUGGGCAGAUAUGCGUAUGAACAUCGAAGAAAUGACGCAAUCAACUGGGACGAACGACUGGAAAAGGAUAUCUCGACAUUAGAACACAAUCUUAAUGUCCAAUGUAUGUUCGACUUCCGCGAGCAGUGGAAGGUUCGUCUGGCAUCUCACGAUUAUGAUGAGGAGAAAGAACGCCAGAUCAAACCUUUCGCUGACAAGGCAGAGGCCAUGCUUGUUGAAUGGAAGGACAACACAAUUGAAGGAUUAAAGCAAAGACGAUCUGGAUUUUCUUCGGACAGCAUUACGGAUUGGCACUAUGAGUACGAGCGCGCGAUGGACGAUCUCGCUGACUGGGUUGCUGAUAUGAAUGAUGACAUCAACGACGGAUCCGAUUCCGAUUCCGAGUAGAUAAACAGGAUAUAACUACUUGCUUCAUCCUUGGGAGCUGCCUUUUGUCCAUAUCGUCUAAGUCUCCCGGAUCGGGCUAUAGUAGGAAACUCAGCUUCCGCCUUGAACGUUGCUUUU